AGAGCCCUGAAAACUUUGGCCACGCACUUUCCCGCAGCAGCCACAGGCACCGGCAACUUCAGAGAGCCAGAUAAAAGUGGAAUGAGGAAUGCAGCCGUUCUGAACACCACCCUCCAUUUCAUUCUGGAACCGGGAAGGUACACCCAGGCAUGACAAUAGCUUCUCUCCUCACUGAAAAUUAACUGAUAGAAAUAGCACAAAAUAAAAUGGAAGAAGACAGAGUUGCACACAGUAUACUUUUGUGCUGAUUGAAAAAUUGACAUUCAAGUCUUCUUAACCCAGAAAAACUGGCCUUGAUAAGAAAAAAGGCAAAGGGGCCAGGUGCAGUGGCUUAUUCCUGUAAUCCCAGCACUUUGGGAGGCCGAGGUGGGUGAAUCAUGAGGUCAAGAGAUCAAGACCAUCCUGGCCAACAUGGUGAAACCCUGUCUCUACUAAAAAUACCUGGAGGCUGAGGCAGGAGAAUCGCUUGAACCCGGGAGGUGGAGGUUGCAAUAAGCCGAGAUGGUGCCACUGCACUCCAGCCUGGUGACAAGCAAGACUCUGUCUCAAAAAAAAAAAAAAAAAAGGCUGGGUGCGAUGGCUCAUGCCUGUAAUCCCAGCACUUUGGGAGGCCCAGGUGGGCGAAUCACCUGAAGUCGGGAGUUCGAGACCAGCCUGACCAACAUGGAGAAACCCUGUCUCUACUAAAAACACAAAAAUUAGCCGGGCGUGGUGGCACAUGCCUGUAAUUCCAGCUACUCGGGAGGCUGAGGCAGGAGAAUUGCUUGAACCCGGGAGGUGAGGUUGAGAUUUCUUCAUUCUCCAUUUAGCAAGGUCAUGGAAGAUUUGGAGGAAACAUUAUUUGAAGAAUUUGAAAACUAUUCCUAUGACCUAGACUAUUACUCUCUGGAGUCUGAUUUGGAGGAGAAAGUCCAGCUGGGAGUUGUUCACUGGGUCUCCCUGGUGUUAUAUUGUUUGGCUUUUGUUCUGGGAAUUCCAGGAAAUGCCAUUGUCAUUUGGUUCACGGGGUUCAAGUGGAAGAAGACAGUCACCACUCUGUGGUUCCUCAAUCUAGCCAUUGCGGAUUUCAUUUUUCUUCUCUUCCUGCCCCUGUACAUCUCCUAUGUGGCCAUGAAUUUCCACUGGCCCUUUGGCAUCUGGCUGUGCAAAGCCAAUUCCUUCACUGCCCAGUUGAAUAUGUUUGCCAGUGUUUUUUUCCUGACAGUGAUCAGCCUGGACCAUUAUAUCCACUUGAUCCAUCCUGUCUUAUCUCAUCGGCAUCGAACCCUCAAGAACUCUCUGAUUGUCAUUAUAUUCAUCUGGCUUUUGGCUUCUCUAAUUGGUGGUCCUGCCCUAUACUUCCGGGACACUGUGGAGUUCAAUAAUCACACUCUUUGCUAUAACAAUUUUCAGAAGCAUGAUCCUGACCUCACUUUGAUCAGGCACCAUGUUCUGACCUGGGUGAAAUUUAUCGUUGGCUAUCUCUUCCCUUUGCUAACAAUGAGUAUUUGCUACUUGUGUCUCAUCUUCAAGGUGAAGAAGCGAAGCAUCCUGAUCUCCAGUAGGCAUUUCUGGACAAUUCUGGUUGUGGUUGUGGCCUUUGUGGUUUGCUGGACUCCUUAUCACCUGUUUAGCAUUUGGGAGCUCACCAUUCACCACAAUAGCUAUUCCCACCACGUGAUGCAGGCUGGAAUCCCCCUCUCCACUGGUUUGGCAUUCCUCAAUAGUUGCUUGAACCCCAUCCUUUAUGUCCUAAUUAGUAAGAAGUUCCAAGCUCGCUUCCGGUCCUCAGUUGCUGAGAUACUCAAGUACACGCUGUGGGAAGUCAGCUGUUCUGGCACAGUGAGUGAACAGCUCAGGAACUCAGAAACCAAGAAUCUGUGUCUCCCGGAAACAGCUCAAUAAGUUAUUACUUUUCCACAAAUCAGUAUAUUGCUUUUUAUGUGGGUCCUCUGACUGAUGCUUUCAGAUUAAAAUUGUUUCCAAGAUAGAGAGCCAACUCCACUUUCAUUGUUAUUGUUUCUGGUCAGUAUAUAGGCAUCACAUUUUUGUGUGGAUAUGAAACUUAGGAAGGAUCCUCUUGACUCCUUGUGAUGUGGCAAUAAAUUUUUUUAAAAAACUGAAAAUACUUAGGAAGGAUCUGCAUAAUUUUUUUCUGCAACUUAAAUGAAAUGCAUCAUUCUUGUUAAUUAUACCAUGGUGAAUUAAUCACUUUUGAAGCAAUAUCAGUUAUUUUUUAAAUAACAACUUUUCUAAAGCCUUAAGUCUUAAUAUUAAAUAUAUGAUUGGUGAGGCACGGUGGCUCACACCUGUAAUCCCAGCACUUUGGGAGGCCAAGGCGGGGGGAUCACCUGAGGUCGAAAAUUCGAGACCAGCCUGACCAACAUGGAGAAACUCUGUCUCUACUAAAAAUACAAAAUUAGCCGGUCACGGUGGUGCAUGUCUGUAAUCCCAGCUACUCAGGAGGCUGAGGCAGGAGAAUCUCUUGAACCUGGGAGGCAGAGGGUGCGGUGAGCCAAGAUCACACCAUUGCACUCCAGCCUGGGCAACAAGAGUAAAACUCUGUCUCAAAAAUAAAUAAACAAGAUAGAUAAAUAAAUAUAUGAUUAAUUUUAAAAAUGUUAAAAUGUGUUCUUAAAUUCAUUUUAAUUCUGUACAAAUAACCUACUAGACACAUUUUUAAAAUGCAACAUGUGUACUUAAUUUCUUUAUGUAAUCUAUGUAUAUACAUUUAUGAAUUAAAGUAAUUGUUGGUUAUCUUAAAA